CCUGAUCAUUUGUAUUUCAGGUUGAUUAGAGAAGCUCAUAAGAAAGGCGCGAACAUUGUCCUCAUUCAGGAGCUAUUUGAGGGGCACUAUUUCUGUCAGGCUCAAAGGAUGGAUUUCUUUGGGCGUGCCAAGCCUUAUAAAGAGAACCCGACUAUAAUGAGAAUGCAAAAGCUUGCAAAGGAGUUGGAUGUUGUAAUACCUGUAAGUUUCUUUGAAGAAGCGGGCAAUGCUCAUUACAAUUCCGUGGCCAUUAUUGAUGCUGAUGGCACCGAUCUUGGCCUAUACCGCAAAUCACACAUUCCAGAUGGACCAGGUUAUCAAGAGAAAUUUUAUUUCAACCCGGGUGACACUGGAUUCAAGGCUUUCAAAACCAAGUAUGCAACAAUUGGUGUUGGAAUUUGUUGGGACCAGUGGUUUCCAGAGACCGCAAGGGCUAUGGUGCUACAGGGGGCGGAGAUAUUGUUCUAUCCCACUGCUAUUGGUUCUGAACCCCAGGAUAUGAACCUGGAUUCCCGCGAACACUGGAAGCGUGUCAUGCAAGGCCAUGCCGGUGCUAACUUGGUUCCUCUUGUUGCUUCUAACCGGAUAGGAAAGGAAACUGUCGAGACUGAGCAUGGGAACAGCACCAUAAAAUUCUACGGGAACUCAUUCAUCGCAGGGCCAACUGGAGAAAUCGUGAAGCUUGCAAAUGACAAAGACGAGGAGGUGCUCGUGGCAGAGUUUGACUUGGACGAGAUCAAAUCUACGAGACACGGCUGGGGGAUAUUCAGGGACAGGCGUCCUGAUCUAUACAAAGUGCUACUGACGUUGGAUGGCAAGACAUCAUCAUCAUCCUAGGUUCCACUUUUAUGAAGACGACAUGAACUCCAGAAUGCUAUACUGGGAAAACACAGGGUCCGUAAGUCUAGCUUCCCCCUGCAAAAGAUAUGGUUUGCCUCUUUGCAACGUAUCCCCGUGUUUGCGACUCGGUGAUUUUCCACCAAUAGAGCAUUAAUAAAAUACUGUCAUGUAAGAGAAUAUUUGCUCCUACAAGUAUGAAGAUGAGGGAUCAAAGCAAUAUAAUAAUGAUGCAUCGCAUUUAUUGAAACAUU